AAAAUUGUGAAGCAGCGUAUUACCCAGCAUUUUCCUCUAAUCUCCAUAGACAAAACCUAUUUUAUAUUACAGACUGCGGCAAAAACUUCUGCAAAACAAAAAAACUGUUCUUUGUCUUUCGAAACUUACGUACGGAAUGAAAGUUUUAAAAGUGUUAUUCACCUUGUUUUUUGCAUCAUCUUUUCCCGAUCCUGGUUACGUCCAGGAUCUGAAAGACAUGAGCUUUGUCGAUAUUUUAAGGCUGUAUGAAGAUACUAGUAGAUUAUCUGCGGUGAGAGAAAAUGAUGUUAAGUUUUUCAUAUUUAACAGGGGUGUGGAAGGGGUUCAACAGUAUCACGGAAGUUCCGAUAAGAUAGAUCAUCAAAAAGAUACCAAAAUCCUCGUACAUGGAUGGCUCAACAAUAGAAAAAUUACAUGGUACAAAAAUGUGACUGAGGCAUUCUUAGCCCGAGAAGAUUGUAACGUAAUUCAAGUGGAUUGGAAUCGAGUAGCUAGAAGUGCCUAUAUUUCAGCUGCUGUGGGUACAAAAGCAGUAGGGCAACAAAUCGCAGACUUUAUUAUGAGCUCCGAUUUAGAUACAGCUAGGAUUCACAUCAUUGGCCAUUCCUUGGGUGCCCAUAUAGCUGGAUUCGCAGGAAAAGCUUUGAAGCGACAUAACAAAGUGCUUUCGAGGAUUACAGGACUUGAUCCGGCAGGACCAUAUUUUGGGAUUUUUUGGCAACAUCCCGAAGAAAGGCUCAAUAAAGAUGAUGCGUUGAUUGUUGACUCUAUACAUACUGAUGGAGGAAAAUAUGGAGUGGACUUUGCCCUAGGAACACUCGAUAUAGUUGUAAAUGGAGGUUACAGUCCUCAACCUGGUUGCAUAGAAAGCUUUGGAAUGGUCACCACUCUUGGAGAAGCUCUAGGACAAGGUUUCUGCAGUCAUGCCAGAGCAACCUAUUAUUUCCUAGAAUGGAUGAAUGGAGGAUCAUUUGUUUGCAUGAUGUGUCCGCAUUGGAACAGCGCUCCUGCAGAUUGUCAAAAACGUCUUAAAUUAGAGAAUAACCUGGAUGGAACUAUAACUGGAAUUUGUAGGGCUACAACUAACAAACAUGCUCCAUAUCUGUCCUAGGAAGGUUUAUUAAAGUAAUCAUAAAAUAAAAGUCCUGGGAACUACAUUCAGAUUUGACAUUGGCAGAAGAUGCGUCAAUAUGUGUCUGCUUUAUCAAAUUAAUGUCAAUAAAUAAACCAAUAGAAAAACGUUAUUCAAAUUAAUCAAA